CUCCUUGAAGCUGCACAGCGGCGCCUGUACCGUGACGUGAUGCUGGAGAACUUUGCGCUUGUGGCCUCGCUGGUCUUACUUGCAGCCAGACUUCUCUAGGCCUGGACAUGUUUCUGCAGAGCUCUGACCUAGCAGCCAAGGUCCUGCUGAAGCCCUUUGCAGAGGAAUUGUUGGCGUGAAGCAGACAAUGAGGAGGCCCAUUCUGAGCAGAGCGUCUCUGUUGAAGGAAUGUCGCAGAUCAGGACUCCCAAGUUGGGUCUCUUUACCCAGCAGGCCCACCCAUGUGAGAUCUGUGAGCCCCUCUCGAAAGACCUUGUUCACCUUGCUGAACGACAGGAAUCACAACUUGUGCGUAAACUGCAGAUGGAUGGCCCAUGCCGGAGAGAGUUCUCCGUCAGGGCAAACUUUCACCUGCACCUGGAGCAGCCUAGUGGGGAGAAUCCCUUCCGAGGGCAUGACGGUGGGCCUUCAUUUGUGAAGAGCCAUGCAGUCCACCGAGGGCCCUUUGCUUGCGGGAAGGAAGGAAUGGGUUUGCGAGAUGACUGUGGCCUCUUCCAGCCACAGAUCACACACCGUGGGAUGAGGUCACCAAAAAGGACGGAGUUCACAGAAUCUUUCCCCCCUACCGCCAGUCUGGGGCAGCACCAGGAUGACCCUGCUGGACUUCUGCUUUUCACCUGCAGUGACGGUGGGGAUGCCUUCCUCAGCACCCUUACUCUGCUUGACAACCAGAUAAUUCAUCCUGAGGGGAGGCCCUUUAAAGGCCUACCCUGUGAGAGUAUAUCCAAGGAGAAAUCAGCCCUUACUGAUCACAGAAAAAUUCACAGUGGAGAAGGAUUGCAUGUACGUGAGGAGUGUGGAAAGGGCUUCGUUCACCCAUCCCACCUAAAAGUACACCAGAAGUUCCACCCUGGGAAAAGACCACACAUGUGCAGUGAAUGUGGGAAAGCCUUCAGCCGCAAAGAUACCCUCGUGCAGCACCAGAGAGUCCACACUGGAGACAGGGCUUUUGAUUGCAGUGAAUGUGGAAAAGCCUACAGCCGAAGCUCGCACCUUGUGCAGCACCAACGAAUCCACACUGGGGAAAGGCCUUACAAGUGCAGUGAAUGUGGGAAAGCCUUCAGCCGCAAAGACACUCUCGUUCAACACCAGAGAUUUCACACUGGAGAGAGACCUUAUGAGUGCAGUGAAUGUGGGAAGUUCUUUAGUCAGAGCUCCCACCUCAUUGAACACUGGAGAAUUCACACAGGCGCAAGACCAUACGAGUGCAUUGAAUGUGGGAAGUUCUUUAGCCACAACUCAAGCCUCAUUAAACAUCGCCGAGUCCACACAGGAGCAAGGUCUUAUGUGUGUGGCAAAUGUGGGAAAGCCUUCAGCUGCAAAGACACCCUUGUUCAGCACCAGAUAAUUCACACUGGAGCAAGGCCCUAUGAGUGCAGUGAGUGUGGAAAGGCCUUCAGUCGUAAAGACACACUGGUGCAGCAUCAGAAAAUCCACACAGGAGAAAGACCUUAUGAGUGUGGAGAGUGUGGAAAAUUCUUUAGCCACAGCUCCAACCUGAUUGUCCACCAGAGAAUUCAUACGGGAGCAAAGCCUUACGAAUGCAGUCAGUGUGGAAAAUGCUUUAGCCACAACUCCAGCCUCAUUCUACACCAGAGGGUUCACACGGGCGCCAGGCCUUACGUGUGCAGUGAAUGUGGGAAGGCCUAUAUCAGUAGCUCCCACCUUGUUCAACAUAAGAAAGUUCAUACUGGAGCAAGACCGUACGAGUGCAGUGAAUGUGGGAAAUUUUUUAGCCGCAACUCCAGCCUCAUUCUACACCAGAGGGUUCACACUGGAGAGAAACCUUACAUCUGCAGGGAAUGUGGGAAAGCCUACAGCAGAAGCUCCCAUCUUGUCCGACACCAGAAAGUUCACAAUGGAGAAAGGCAUCUGGAUGCAGCGGUUUUGGUGGCCAUUUAGCUGCUUCUCUUUAGUGUAGCAGCAGCAAACUCACACUAGACUAGGGCUAUGAGGGUGCAGAAAAUCGCUCUCCUUGUGCAGCCUAGUGGGACCCACACCAGAGACUAGCUGUGAGCGCCUUUUGUGAGGGAGCGGUCAGCCGGCAGGUGAGCCUGUUUCCUGCUGAUGUCCACUGUGGGAGAUGCCCAGUAAGGACCACUGAGGUGGGAAGGCUCCCUAGCUGAGCCGUACUUUCCGAACCCUCCAUGACUCUGUAGAGUAAGGUCACUGACGGGGCCUGUGGUGGAAGCCUCGAGGCUACCCACUGUGCAUCUGACAGCAUGUGGCUGUCGGCCCAGUGUGCUCAGGGAAGUCUCACCCAGGGGCCCUGGACUCUGAGCCCGGGAAGGCAUCACUGUCGGGGACUGACCCGAUCACGGUUGUUGGGGGACAGAACAGACAGGGUCUUAAGAAGUGGGAGCGGCGUCAUCGAGUGGAGAUUCCUAAAAAGGCGGGGAAAGGAGGGAGUGGGCGUGAGGAAGACAGGAGAAUUGGAGUUGGG